AUGGCCCGCCUCGCCAUCCUUCAAGCCGUACCGGCGCUUCUGGCCUUGAUCCAGACGGUAUCAUGCACGCCCCUGGCAUUCUCAACAUUGAACGCGCGCAACAAUUCUGGAGUUUCAUGGCCGGCGGAUGUUUCUACUCUGGUACACGACAAGACCUGGGCCGGUUUCGGGGAAAAGACGACGCGUUGGUCGUCUUACAAGGCUCCUACCUUUGACGAGGUUUUCCUCCCCGAAACCGAGGAGCAAAUCUCCCUCGCUCUUGAGUACAUGUCCAGUAAGAACAUGACGUGGCUGGCCAAGUCCGGAGGUCACGGAUACGCUCCGUCUCUCCACGCCAUCCAAGAUGCCGUCUUGAUAAACCUGGAGAACUUCAACUACGUCAAGAUGCAAGAUGACAACACGGCUGUUGUGGGCACCGGAGUCCGUUUCAGCGGCCUCAUCGACGCCGUGGCGGCUGCCGGACGAGAACUGACUGUGGGAUCAUGCCCGUGUGUGGGUUCGACGGGUGCCAUGCUAGGCGGCGGCCUCGGACGUCUCCAGGGCCUGCACGGCUUGACCAGCGACGCCCUCCGCAAGGUCCGCGUGGCCCUGUGGAACGGCACCGUCGUUGAGGCCUCCGACCACGUCAACUCUGAUCUCUUCUGGGGCAUCAGGGGAUCCGGCCAGAACUACGGCAUCGUCAUCGAGUCGACGUACGAGACCUGGCCGGCGACGAAUGGAGGAAAGCACUACAGCGCGGACUUGGUCUUUUCCAAGGACUCGGUGCAGCGGGUCAUGGAGGUUACGAAUGAGCUGACUGCGGACGGUCUAGACGAGAAGCUAUCCAUCCUCAUGUUCUUCGCAUUGGAUUCUGCCUCAUCUCAGAUCACCAUCGUCGUCAACCUGGUCUAUUCCGGGCCGGCGGAAGAGGGCAGGAAGUACACCGAGCGCUUCUCUUCCUUUAGCCUCGACGUGCAGGAGAGCAUGCUGGGCUGGGAAGAGCUGCCCACGAAGACGGUCCACGGCCUCAUCCCGCAAUCCUGCGCGACGGGGCCGCGGUACAACCUGCGCAGCCUGAGCACCAAGGUCCUCCACCCAGCCACCUGGGUCACAUUCACCGACGCGUUCGAGACGUUCCUGGUGGAGAACCCCCUCGCCGCCGGGUCGGCCAUGAUGAUCGAGACCUUCCCCGUGCAGGGGGUCAGGGCGCUCGCCGACGACUACUCGGCCUUCCCCCACCGCGACCACUUCGAGAACGUGAUCGAGUCCAUCGCGUCGUACACGGACGACUCCGUCGCCGACGCCGUGGAGGCUUUCUUCAGGAAGUGGCGCGACAUUUUCGCCCAGCCCAGCUCCUCCGGCUACGACAGGCUCUACGUCUACCAGAACUAUGCCAACGAGGACGAGCCGCUGUCGGCUCUCUACGGGUACGACGAGUGGCGCCACGAGCGUCUGACGAGCCUGAAGAACAAGUUUGAUCCCCGGGGAUUUUUCAACGGAUAUCACCCUGUUCCGUCGGACGCGGCAGGCUGGAGCUAG